CAUAGAGAACUGGAAGAACUUGCAGACGCUGAAUGCUGUAGACAUGGAGCUGUACACGGGACUCCAGAGGCUGACAAUCAAGAACUCAGGACUUCGAAAUAUCCAGCCACGGGCAUUUGCCAAGAACCCUCAUCUGCGUUACAUAGACCUCUCUGGUAACCGGCUCACCACGCUGUCGUGGCAGCUCUUCCAGACGCUGAGGCUUUUUGAACUGAGGCUAGAAAGAAACCCCUUUAACUGCAGCUGUGAUAUCCGCUGGAUUCAGCUCUGGCAGGAGAAGGGUGAGGCAAACCUGCAGAACCAGGAGCUGUACUGCAUGACCAUGGAUGCUGCCGUCAUUCCCCUGCAGGAGAUGAAUAUCACCCAGUGUGAUCUCCCUGAGAUCAGUGUCAGUCAUGUUAACCUGACUGUGCGAGAAGGCGAGAACGCUGUGAUCACCUGCAAUGGCUCGGGCUCGCCGCUGCCAGAUGUAGACUGGACUGUCGCUGACCUCCACUCCAUCAACACUCACCAGACCAACCUAAACUGGACCAAUGUUCAUGCCAUCAAUCUAACUUUGGUAAAUGUCACCAGCGAGGAUAACGGGUUCCUUCUGACAUGUAUUGCUGAGAACGUGGUGGGAAUGACCAAUGCCAGCGUGCUGCUCACAGUCUACUAUCCCCCACGCAUCCUGAGCUUGGAGGAGCCGGAGUUGCGUCUGGAGCACUGCAUUGAGUUUGUGGUGCAUGGAAACCCAGCCCCCAGCCUUUACUGGCUGCACAAUGGCCAGCUCCUCAGGGAGACGGAGAUCAUCCGCAUGGAGUUCUACCAGCAAGGGGAAGUGUCCGAGGGCUGCCUGCUGUUCAACAAACCCACUCACUACAAUAAUGGCAACUACACCAUCGUGGCUACCAACAAGCUGGGCACCGCCAACCAAACCAUCAAAGGGCACUUCCUCGCCACGCCCUUUCCAGAAAGUACGGAUAACUUUGUCUCAAUUGGUACCUAUGAAGUGAGCCCCACCCCGCCUAUCACUGUGACCCACAAACCAGAGGAGGAUACUUUUGGGGUCUCCAUAGCAGUCGGGCUUGCAGCCUUUGCUUGUGUCCUCUUGGUGGUCCUCUUUAUUAUGAUCAACAAGUAUGGCCGACGGUCCAAGUUUGGGAUGAAAGGUCCGGUGGCAGUGAUCAGCGGUGAGGAGGACUCUGCCAGCCCUCUCCAUCAUAUCAACCAUGGCAUCACCACGCCAUCAUCGUUGGAUGCUGGCCCAGACACGGUGGUGAUCGGCAUGACCCGUAUUCCUGUCAUUGAGAACCCCCAGUACUUCCGACAAGGCCACAACUGCCACAAACCAGACACAUAUGUGCAGCAUAUUAAGAGGCGAGACAUUGUUUUGAAGAGGGAGCUGGGAGAAGGUGCCUUCGGGAAGGUGUUCUUGGCCGAAUGCUACAACCUCAGCCCCACCAAAGACAAGAUGCUGGUGGCAGUGAAGGCCCUGAAAGACCCCACUUUGGCAGCCCGCAAGGACUUCCAGAGGGAGGCAGAGCUACUCACUAACUUGCAGCACGAGCACAUCGUCAAGUUCUAUGGUGUCUGUGGUGAUGGAGACCCCCUCAUCAUGGUCUUUGAGUACAUGAAGCAUGGGGACCUGAAUAAGUUCCUGAGGGCACAUGGGCCGGAUGCUAUGAUCCUCGUGGACGGACAGCCACGGCAAGCCAAAGGAGAGCUGGGGCUGUCUCAGAUGCUACACAUCGCUAGCCAGAUUGCCUCAGGAAUGGUGUAUCUCGCCUCCCAGCACUUUGUCCACAGAGACCUGGCAACCAGGAACUGCUUGGUUGGAGCCAACCUGCUAGUGAAGAUCGGAGACUUUGGGAUGUCCAGAGAUGUCUACAGCACUGAUUACUACAGGGAAGGGCCGCAUCCGAAGGGUCAAUUCAGCGCAGCCUGGCAGCGGCAGAGACUAGCAGGACCGACAGCUACAACAGUUGGAGGACACACCAUGCUGCCCAUCCGCUGGAUGCCUCCUGAGAGCAUCAUGUACCGGAAGUUUACAACAGAGAGCGACGUCUGGAGCUUUGGGGUGAUCCUCUGGGAGAUCUUCACAUAUGGGAAGCAGCCUUGGUUCCAGCUCUCGAACACAGAGGUCAUCGAGUGCAUCACCCAAGGCCGAGUCUUGGAGAGGCCUCGAGUUUGUCCCAAGGAGGUUUACGACAUCAUGUUGGGGUGCUGGCAGCGAGAACCUCAGCAACGGCUCAACAUCAAGGAAAUCUACAAGAUCCUUCAUGCUCUGGGCAAGGCCACACCAAUCUACCUGGACAUCCUGGGCUAGCAGUGGCCACCUGGCAAAAGUUCCUGCUCCCUCCUUCCUCCACUGGUCCUACCUCCCCUUCCCUGCCCCCAAGCAAACAUCUUCAUAUAAACUCAAGUGCCUGCUACACAUACAACACUGAAAAAAACCAACCUGUAAGGCAGUUUGGCUUAUAUAUAUAUUUAUAGAUAUUAUAUAUAUAUAUCUAUACGCACACACACACACAUACACCUUCACACCAAUACAAAAAGAAGCUGCUGUUACAGAAAUUGUAAGAUUUACAAAACAAAAAAGAAACUACAAAAAAACCCUUAAAAGUACUUAAGAUAUAUAUAUAUAU